GUUACUUCAGUAAUUGGACAAAACAAAUGGAGAUUCCUAUUGUUUCGUUCACUCUCUAUUUUCUACUCCUCUUCCUAUUCCCACUUCAAAUUUUCUAAAUCCAUUCAACUAAAUUAAAACAACAACCACCGUUUACCUCACCGGAGACGGAAGAGAAUGGCAGAAAUUCCGGCACCGGAAGUACAAGUAAACGGCGGAGCAACAACAACGACACUAAACCUCUCAGAACCACACGGAUCGAAGAAGCGUCAGCGCAGACCCAGCGUCCGAUUAGGUGACAUCGGAGACCAACCCUCCGAUUCCCAUUCUCGCCGAACCACAAAAUCAUGGCGAUUCGGCUUCAACAACGUCUCAGGUAAACCCUCAAAGACUCGUCCUCUGACUAAUUUGACCUCCGUAUCCGAUUUCGACGAAACGCAAGAAAUUGAAGAAAGAGAAACCAACACCGACGGCGUCAUCAUUGGUAGCUGGAAAGUGAAGAGAGGUUCCAAACGACCUCGAUCGAAUUGGACUUCUUCACGAAUCGACGAAGGCGAAGAUGUUGAUGUUGAUGAUGAUGUGUAUCGUGAUUUCGAAGGGGAUAAUUCGGGAAGGUCAAUCCAUUCUUCGGAGAAUUUGGGUGAUGAUGUUAGGAAUAGGAAUGAGGAUGGUGGUAGAGGUAGUUGUGGUGAAGAUGGUGUUAAAAUUUGGCUUAAUGGAUUAGGUUUAGGUCGAUAUGCACCUGUUUUUCAAAUUCAUGAGGUUGAUGAUGAAGUUUUGCCAUUGUUGACACUUGAGGAUCUUAAAGAUAUGGGUAUAAAUGCUGUUGGUUCUAGAAGGAAAUUGUAUUGUGCUAUUCAGAAACUUGGGAAGGGUUUCUCUUAAGUUUUUUUGUUUUUUUUAAUCUUAUAUUAAUCUCAUUUAGUUUGGGAAAAUUCUCAACUAUUGCAAAUUAAUAUGCAUGUAUGAAAUGUACUCUUCGGGAAAAUGUAGCCUUGGAAUUUGCAGUUUAGCCAUAGGUAUAUAAAGUCUGAUGAAGUAUUGUUUCGGUUAAUGUUUAAAUUUAAGCUCAUUAACCAGUUGUGUGAGUCAACCACUAUGUUUGUUUGAGAGUAUCUUCUCUCACAUAACUUGUUAGGAUUUUUGGAAUGGUUAGGUCCAAUUAUAACUGCUAUUUUUGUUUGAGUUUAAUUCCAGGUGUAUGUAAACAUUUAUGAGGAAGGAUUCUGAAAAUUUAAGGAAGUGUUGUUUGUUUGAGUUCUCUAUUGGGUAAUAAAUGAUUAAUGUUGAUAUUUUUGUGGCUAC